CUGGGAGAACGUUCUCUGUACGCCAAGGGUACGGGGUGUGCAAAGGGAGGGGAUUUAAAAGGAUUGCUUAAACCUGAAGUUCAUACUUACUUUUAUUUUAUUUUUUUUUCUCGUUUUAUGUCAUUUUAUUUUGUCUGUCGCUAUUUAUAGCUUUAUUACAGUAUCGCUGCACGAGGACGGUGAUUCUUCAGUUGAAAACAUAAAUUUAUAAUAUUUUCCUUCCGAUGCAGUUGUAAUAGACAAGCCAAGAUGAUUGACACGGUGACAGGAGAGGCCUGUGUGCCCUUCGCCAUCCAGCUCAAGGCCCUUCUGGAGCAGGAGAGCCGGUACCAACCUAAGCUGAGUGGCCUCCGGAUCCUCGAAUGUGCCCAUGACAAUGGUCUGAGGAUGACUGCGAAAUUGCGGGACUUUGCAGUGAAAGACCUGCUUUCGCUGACCCGCUUCUUCGGCUUCAGUUCUGAGACAUUCUCCCUUGCUGUGAAUCUACUGGACCGAUUCCUUGCCAUAAUGAAGAUUCAGCCGAAGCACCUGUCCUGUGUUGGACUGUGCUGUUUUUACAUUGCUGUGAAGUCUUCAGAGGAAGAGAGAAAUGUUCCUCUGGCUGGAGACCUGAUACGAAUCAGCCAGAACCGCUUUACAGUGUCUGACAUGAUGCGUAUGGAGAAGAUCAUCUUGGAGAAGUUGUACUGGAAGGUUAAGGCCCCAACAGCUCUGCACUUCCUUCGACUCUACCACUCCUACAUAUGCGAGCUGCUGGUUGCCAAUGAGAAACCUGCUUUUAAUGUUGAGCGGCUAGAAGCACAACUGAAAGCCUGCCACUGUUCCUUUGGAUUUUCUAAAGUAAAGCCCUCUCUGCUUGCUCUGGCCAUUCUGGCAUUAGAAACGCAGGAGCAACAGCUGCAUGAAAUGGCUGAAGUGCUGCAGUCUCUCCAGCAGCAUUCCAAUAUAAAGGAUGGUGAUCUGUUUUGUGUGAGGGAACUGGUUGCAAAGUGCCUGGCUGAGUAUUCUUCCACCAAGUGCUCCAGACCAACUGGCCAAAAAUUGCGAUGGAUCAUCUCUGGCAGGACAGCUAGACAACUGAAACACAGCUACUACAAAAUUGCACACCUUCCAACUAUCCCAGAAGCCACCUGCUAAGGAAAUAGUGGCUAGAAUACAUAGCACUGAAAUUGCAUGGCUUUCCUGAGUGCAGUAGACAGAAAUCAACCCCA